CGUCGUGCAGUCCACAUCUCAGGAGUAACUUCUCCCAAGAGUUCCGAGUUCUUCUCAAGUUAACAAGAAAACAAAUCACAAAAACCGCAUCGCAAUGGCCACCAAAUACGAGAUGUCCAAGACCUAUCAGUACCGCAAGGUGAUGAAGCCCCUGCUGGAGAGGAAGCGCCGCGCCAGGAUCAACAAGUGCCUGGACGAGCUCAAGGACCUGAUGGCCGAGUGCGUGGCCCAGACCGGCGAUGCCAAGUUCGAGAAGGCCGAUAUACUGGAGGUCACAGUGCAGCAUCUGAGGAAGCUGAAGCAGGCCAAAGUGCAGCCCAAAGCUGAUCCCGAGCAGAGUUUCCGCGCCGGCUACAUUCGGGCAGCCAACGAGGUCUCCCGCGCCCUUGCCUCCCUGCCACGUGUGGAUGUGGCCUUUGGCACUACUUUGAUGACCCAUCUGGGCAUGCGCCUCAACCAAUUGGAACAGCCCAUGGAACAGGCUUUGGCCGUGAACACACCACUCUCCAUCAUCUGCGGCUCCGGCUCCAGCUCCAUCUCCAACUCGAGUGCCAGCUCCUGCUCCUCCAUCAGCCCCGUGUCCAGCGGCUAUGCCAGCGACAACGAAUCCCUGCUGCAGAUCAGCAGCCCUGGACAAAUGUGGCGUCCCUGGUAAACAUCCAGCAUCCUGGAAUCCAGACACAUAACUUCCACCUUCGGGCAAUCGCGCAAUGGAACUGCAGCUUUAGAAAAUGCUUUACAAUGAUCCUCAUUUAUUUGUUACGUUACCAAGUUUUAGGUUUCUAAGUUAAGUCUGUGAUAGGGCACGCUUUAUACACUUUUGUCAGAAAUCAAUCGAGCAAAAGUCUGUUUUAAUUCUACUUUAAUACAAAUGUUUACCAGCUAAGAGAUCUCAGA